CAAGUAAGCCAUAUAUACAUACAAUAAGCAAAAGCUCAAUCAAUAAUCAAUGGGGUAUUUGGUGUUGUUGGUUGUUAGAGUGGUGAUGUGUGUGCAUAUGUUUAUGAUGUUCCAUUUUGCAUGUUUGUCUUCGCAUUUAUGCCAUUCCCAAGAGAGCUCUGCUUUGCUUCACUUAAAGAUCCAAUUCAUUUUUAAUACUACAUUUUUUGAAUAUAAUAAUUAUUAUUAUGAGUAUGAGUGUCCCCAUGUUUAUCCAAAGAUGAGUACGUGGAAAAAUGGGACAGAUUGCUGCUCAUGGAUGGGUGUCACGUGCCACUCUGUGUCUGGUCACGUGAUUGGCCUUGAUCUCAGUUGCAGUGCACUUGUUGGUAAUAUAAAUCCCAAUAGCACUCUUUUUUAUCUUACUCAUCUCCAAACACUCAACCUUGCUUUCAAUUUUUUCAAUCAUUCUCCAUUCUCAUCUCAGUUUGGUAGGUUUGUGAGUCUCACACACUUAAAUUUAUCUCAUUGUCAAUUCAAAGGUGAAAUUCCGUCCCAAAUCUCACACCUUUCCAAAUUACAAUCACUUGAUCUCUCUUUGAAUGAUGAUUUGAUGUGGAAAGAAACAAGUUGGAAAAGAAUGUUGCAAAAUGCAACAGCUUUGCGUGUAGUUGUAUUGGAUGGUACAAACAUGUCUUCCAUUAGCUUAACACCAAACCCUUUGUCCAAUUGGUCUUUCUCUUUCUCUUUGGUUACUCUUAGUCUUCAUUUUACAGGAAUAAGCGGAAACUUGACAAGUCACAUUCUUUGUUUACCCAACCUUUAUGAGCUCAAUCUAUUUGGAAAUAGCAACAUUCAAGUCCAUGUUCCAAAUUUGAAUUGCAGUACUUCUCUUAGUUUUUUGGAUCUUUCAUCGUGUCAAUUCCCAGGAUCACAAAUCCCUGAUUCCUUUUCUAACCUCACGCAGCUAACUUCUUUGGAGUUGUUUGGAAAUGGACUCAAUGGUUCAAUCCCAUCAUUGCUCUCAAACCUUCAGCAUCUCACUGACUUGGACCUUUCAUUCAAUGCAUUCACUGGUUCGUUCCCAUCAUUUCUUUCAAACCUUCAUCAUCUUGUUUACUUGGAUCUUUCAUUCAAUAAGCUUAGUGGUCAAAUUCCAAAUGUGUUUGAUAGGCUAACCAAUUUGCAAUCCCUUGGCCUUUCGGAUAAUAAUUUCCAAAGGAAGUUGCCAUCCUCAUUAUUUGCUUUAACUCAACUCUCUUCCUUGGAUUGUUCUAAUAAUGAAAUUGAGGGACCACUACCUGACAAAGUAGCCUUUUUAAAUCUCACUUACUUAACCCUAACAGGCAACUUAUUAAAUGGGACAAUUCCGCAGUGGGCCUUAUCCCUCAAGUCUUUGAGAUCUUUGGAUCUAUCAAACAAUCGAUUCACAGGGCACAUAAAUGAAAUUACAUCAAAUUCCUUGGAGUAUCUAGACUUGUGCAACAAUGAGCUCCAAGGAAACAUUCCAGAAUCGAUUUUUGAUCUUGUAAACCUUUCAAAUUUGUGCUUAUCACCACACAACUGGAGUGAUACUGUCCACUUUUCACUCUUCUCUAAACUCCAAAAGUUGAGCCAUCUUUCCCUUUCUGGCUGCAAUUCAUUAGUGCUAGGUUCUGAAACAAGUGUUAAUUACACUUUCUCCAAUUUGCAGGCACUACAGUUGCGUUCAAACAAUAUUAUUGGUUAUUCAACAUUCUCUGGAAACUUUUCAGAGUUAGAGUAUCUUGAAUUAUCCAAUAGUAAACUUGAAGGAAAAGUUCCCAAAUGGAUACAUGAUAUAGAUUCAUUACAUCAUUUGAUUCUCUCAAAUAACUCGUUGACAUCAAUGGGUCAAUUCUCAUGGUAUCAACUUGAAGACCUUGAUCUUAGUUUCAACUUGAUGGAUGAUGACAUUUCUUCCUUCUUUUGUAAUGCAACAAGUCUGAGAGAUAUCAACUUGUCCCACAACAGAUUCACAGGAACAUUUCCACAGUGCCUUCCCAAUAGCUCAUCCCUUAGGAAUUUGGAUCUACAAAUGAACAAACUUCAUGGCAAUUUACCAGAUACUUUAAAUGGUCUUCAACUGGGGACACUGAUUCUCAAUGACAACCAGUUCGAAGGUUUAUUGCCGAAAUCUUUGUCCAAUUCGUGGAAUCUUGAGGAAUUAAAUCUCGGUAAUAAUCAAUUUGAAGAUACAUUUCCCUAUUGGCUUCAGAAUAUAUCACUUUUGGAAAUACUAGUCUUGCAAGGCAAUAAGUUGUAUGGUCCCAUUGCAAAUUUGAAGUCUGAAAAUAUGUUUCAAAGUUUGAUUGUUUUUGACAUAUCAUGCAAUAACUUUAGUGGCUCAUUACCAAAAGCAUACAUUAAAAAUUUUCAAGCCAUGAAGAUUGUGGAUGAUGAAGUGCUUAGUUCGGAUUAUUACAUUGACACUGGUUUCCACCUUGGAGGAGACGGAAUUAUUGAAGUAGAAAGAGAUGAUUCUAUGACUUCAAUAAUUAAAGGAGUUAGUACCACUUUUUCAAAAAUUCCCAGAGACUUUGUAAAUAUAGAUUUGUCAGGAAACAAAUUUGAAGGAGAGAUUCCAGAUGUUAUUGGGGAGCUUCAUAUACUCAAAAAUCUCAAUCUUUCACAUAAUAGACUUGUUGGUCAUAUUCCCCACUCUUUGGGAAAUUUGACAAAACUGGAAUCAUUGGAUCUCUCCUCAAAUAUGCUUACUGGGGAUAUUCCUACAGAAUUGACCAAUCUCAACUUUCUUGAAGUCUUGAAUCUUUCCCAAAACCAGUUGGUGGGACCAAUACCCAAAGGAAAACAGUUUGAUACAUUUUCAAAUGAUUCCUAUGAGGGAAACAUGGGGUUAUGUGGAUUGCCAUUGUCAAUUCAAUGCAACAACAAUGUCCCUUUGCAACAAGAUCCACCUUCUUCUGAGGCUGAAGACAAAUUUGGGUUUGGUUGGAAACCAGUGGCAAUAGGAUAUGCAUGUGGAAUGGUGCUUGGAAUUGGCUUGGGAUGCUGUGUUUUCUCAAUUGGAAAGCCUCAAUGGCUUGUGAUCAUCUUUGGAGGCAAAAGAAUCAAAAGAAGGAGGCGUGGAAAUCGGCGUGCAAGAACAACUUAAUGGCCACAACUUCUUCUUCUUCUUGGGGCCACUCUCAAGUUCAUUGUUGCAUAGGGAAUUUGUUUCAGAUGUUGGUUAUUGCUGUUGUGUCUUUUUAUAUUUUAUUUGUUUUGAGAUUGUAUUUUUUUUUUCUUUAAAUGUCUGCAAGUCUUGUUUUAUAAUUUGUAAGUGUGUUGCUACAUAUAUAUGAUGAUGUUGCAAGAAAAUUAUGUUUCA